AUGCAAAGCAUGGUCAUUCACAAAAGACGCAAAGCGAGAGUUGGCAUUGAUGGAGAAAGCGAUGAAGCGAAAGACGCUCGACGUUUCUCUCCGCAACCAUAUAAGCAACCAGACUCUCCGUCGGGAAAGUGUCGUGUAGGCAGGCGAUGGACACUAACUGGAGACAAGCACCUCACGGUCGAAAGAUCUGUUAUAACUACACCCGGCCUGUGGCAGCAUUUCAUUAGCAAGGGAUACCUACACCGAUUGCUCAAGCGUCUCGGUAUUCUUGGCAUAAUCUAUGAACUCCACUUCUCAGCGGCUUCUUAUGCUCAGUAA